AUGAAGAGCACCAUUGCCAUUGCUGCCCUCCUGGCGGGCGCAAAUGCCCUCGUUGGUCGCAGUGAUAGCUGCUGUUUCCAGCUGACUGCCUCUGGAAGUGCUACUGGCACUCUUGGCCAGUUGAGCGAUGGCCAGGUUCGUCUGGGUGACACCACCCUGUCGGCUGCCGAGUUUUGCAUCUCCAACUCUAUCAUUACCGAUAGCGAGGGCCGUGGAUGUGUUGUCACUUCAUACCUAGCGGAGACCACUCAGUUCCAGUGUGAUGAGGGCGCCACCGGCACCUCUGGCUUCUCCUUGGCCUCUUCUGGCCUGUUGAGCUUUGACAGCAGCUCCUCCUUCAUCGCUUGCCAGACCGGCGAGAAUGACGGACGUAACAUCUACACCACCAACAGCACCUCCGUCACCGAGUGCGUGAAGAUCCAGCUGACCGGCGACUCUUGUGGUGCCGCCGCCUCGUCUUCCGUGGCCUCCUCCGUUGCCGCUGUUGCUCCCACCUCGUCCAUCCCCGUUGUGGUUGAGUCUUCGACCCCUGUUCCCGUCAUCCCCACUACAUCUCGCCCUCUUAUCCCCACCAGCCCAGCCAAGGUCUCCACCCCCGCUGUGGCCUCCACCAGUGCUGCUGAGAUCACCAGCCACAGCACCACCGCGUCCUCGACCACCAGCACUUCGUCUACCACCAGUGCGUCCGCCUCCAGUGCUGCUUCCACCGCCCCCACUACCAGCGGCUCGGCCAUCACUGCUCCCAUGGGCUUCGCCCACUGGGUUGCUUCCAUCGCUGUCAUGCUGAGCGUGAUGGUCCUCUACUAG